GGCCCUUUCCCACCGCACCCGUACUUAUGCAUCGUAUGACCAACACUGACUCAUCGAUCAUGACGCGAUGCUCAUCGUGGGAAAAAUCGGAUACUUGUUGCGGUCAUGUCGUUGACGUCAUGGCAUGGUUUCCUCCAGGCAGCUUUGCUAGAGUCAAACCCAAAACAUGGUUACAAUAGUCUAUAUGGGGAUGAGAAUGGGUGUUACUAUUGUCCUUUUGUGAAUGCCACUGUCCUGGUGAGUCUAUCUACCCACAAGAUCAGACUACGCAGCAAUCAUUGCCAGAUUGGACUGCUGGACAUCCGUGCUGUCAAGCCGACACACAAACUUAAAGGGACCCGCCAUAAAAAUUUAGGCCUGAUAAGAUCGACCCGAUCCCAUGACCUCAAGUUCGGCACAUCCGGCUCUCUCGGCUUUACACUCGUCAGGAUUUCCUCCCUUUGUCUGGCGGCAUUUACACGAAGGCUGCCGCGAUUCAAGCCCCGUCAUCGACGAGAGGCCUAGACUACAACUGUCAUGUUGACAUGUCGCCAUUC